CAUGUUUUACACCUCUUGACGCCCCAUUAUUCUACUCAUCAUCGAACAAGGAAGCAGAGAUUUCAGAGAGCUCUUCCUCCAUAUCCCUCGUUUCAUCUCAAUUUCCAAAUUUCAAAUUAUAUACAUUUUUUGUUUCUGUGUUUGUUGUUCGUGAUUGAUAUAAUCAGUGAGCUGGGAGGAAAGGGUGGAAGCGAGCUAGGGUUUCGGGAUUUUUUGUCCGUGGAGAUUAGUAGCAGCUGAGAAGUUUUUGUGAUGGGCGAUGAAAAAUCGAUGGUCGUGAUGGCGAGUAGAGAUCGAGAACUUCUAAUCGCGGUCGCUGACUCUCCCCACGAUGAUACCUCCAAACCUUCUCCUUCAUCUUCUUCGCAUCACGCCGGCCGCGAGACAUUUUACAAACUUAUCCGGAGCUGGGCUUCAAAGAAGUUCAUGACGGGAUGUGUCAUUCUGUUUCCUAUAGCAAUCACUUUCUACAUAACAUGGUGGUUUAUUCACUUUGUGGAUAGCUUUUUCUCUCCAAUUUAUGCUCAACUUGGCAUCGAUAUAUUUGGUCUUGGAUUUGUAACUUCUAUAACAUUCAUCUUCUUGGUUGGGGUUUUCAUGUCAUCAUGGUUGGGAGCAUCUGUCCUAGGCCUUGGUGAGUGGUUUAUCAAGCGGAUGCCAUUUGUUCGCCAUAUCUACAAUGCCUCCAAGCAGAUUAGUUCUGCUAUUUCACCAGAUCAAAACACCCAGGCCUUCAAGGAAGUAGCCAUCAUAAGGCAUCCACGUAUCGGUGAAUAUGCGUUUGGGUUCAUUACUUCAUCUGUCACUCUACAGACCUACUCCGGUGAAGAAGAGCUAUGCUGUGUCUAUGUUCCCACAAAUCAUCUUUACAUCGGUGAUAUAUUCCUCAUCAAUACCAAUGAUGUUACCAGACCAAAUCUAUCAGUCCGUGAAGGAAUCGAAAUCGUCGUCUCCGGAGGAAUGUCAAUGCCCCAGAUCCUGUCGACGCUAGGUACACGUUUGCCACUGGAAAGAAGUAGAUCUAACAGAAGCUGAUUGUCGCCCGUUUACAUAGAUUGUAACAGAAUAGUGUUUGCUUUCGAAUAUAGUUUGGGGCAGUUUUUCUUUUUUGGGUGUUA